AGAGGGCCUUCAGCCAUGUUAAAAGGUAUCUUUCCUCUAAACAUACUAUUAUUUGGAGCGCUAAAUCUCUCAUCACCCAUGCCACUACAAAGAUAGACCGAACGCAUCUCCACUGUGAAGGAUAGACAGGUGCACUCGGGCAUGCAUUUCGUAAAUCAAAAUUCAAUUUCAUUACCAGUCCAUUUCGACAAAAAUUCAGUGCCGAUUACCUGUCAAAAUUGGAGUGUGAAGUAUCUAAAUUUGCUGUGGAUAAAUUGUUUAGUUGAUAUUGUUUGGUUUUUAUACCAUCAUAAUGUCGUAGUUUAUUAUCAGAAAAUCCCAGACGAAAUUUCCAGCUCACAUGUAAAACAUUUAUUGAAAAGAGCCAGCCAUGUCUACGCCAUCGAUCAACGAUGAGGCGGACAGCGAGCUCCCAUCCACCGAAGUGCCGACCACGGAGUCGGAGAUCAAGACGACCUCGACGGCCGGGACCGGCUCCACGGAGGACACAACGAGCGGCGCCGCCUCCGGGUCGGCCAGCACCUCCGAGUCGAGCAGCUCCGUGAAGAAGGAGUCUUCGACCACCGACGGCAGCCCCGACUCGAGCCCCACCACCACCUCGGACACCAAGGAGGCCGACGGAGGGGAGGCGGAGGAAGGAGGAGGAGGGGAGGACGAGGCGGAGGAAGCGCCGCCGCCGCCGCCGCCGAAACCCAAGCCCAAGAAGAAGUCCGCGCCGCCUCCACCGCCCGCGGGCGAUGCUGGAGAGGUCGAUGUCGCUGGUGACAUAUCGAUGCAGUAUGAGAAGAAGUUCAAGGACAUCCUUCGCGAGAGGAGGAAGAAGGCUGAGGCGGAGCUGGCGGCAAAGAACAAGAACAAGGCGACCAUCGAUGAGAUGAACGCCUACUACAAGGCCUGGGUGACGGCCGACUACGAAAAGCGCAAAGAGCAGCCCAAGUCGCACGAGGCGGCCAAGAAGCGGCGCCAGGACGCCGUCCGACAGAAGAAGGCCCAGGAGGCGUUCUGCACGUGGCUGCAGUACAAGAAGCAGCAGCUGAAGAUGGAGAGGCGCCGGUAUCGGCUGCAGCGCAAGGAGCGCCGCCAGCUGGUGCAGAAGCGGUCGCGCGCCGCCAGUGAGCGCGCCUACGAGUGCUGGCUGGCGGAGAAGCGGCGCCAGCACCGUGCCGAGGGCCGGCCGGCCGGCCACUACCCGCCCGUGGUCCACACGCGCGACAUGUCCGUCCUCUACGCCAAGUCGUACAAGGCGGCGAUGGAGGCGCGCGGACCACGCUGCGCCAGCGCCUCGGGCCGCCUGCAGGGAGGCAGCGAGUUCCACGACGUCGAGAACGUCUACUGUCCCGAGCACAAGACCGAGUACCGGCUGGAGACCAAGCGGACCGCCAGCGGCAGCUGCUACCGCCUCACCAGCGUGCGCAAACUGGACUGAAGCGGGCAGCGGCCAGGAAAGGAGAGGUAGUGGUGCCUGAAGGAAGUGACCUUAGAUAAGAGCAGCGAUCCUUCAGUCGAGUUAUGGAGUGGGAAUUUCGGAAGGCGCCAAUAUCAAAGCAGGCUUAGACUUUAUUUUUCCAACGCUUCCAUAAUUCACUGCGUAGCUCGCUUAAUCUCGAGUUACUUUCUAAAUCUGUCCACUUAUAUUCGCCUUCUUCUCUGAAAGUUGCUAAUCACUUUUUUAAAUUGGAUAACUCACUGCUCAAGCCUUCAGCAGUGUUCGGAGAGGCCUGAUAAAUACGCAGAGUCCGCUCCAAGGCAUUCGGAGCAUCAUAUUUAAAUGAGACGUCCUCUUCUUGAUUAAGAAACUUUGCCUUCGCACACCAAGGCGGCUAAUCAGCCAUCACCUUGACAAACUUUGGAUAAUCAAACAAACCCACAUCUUGUCACUCACCUGCACUGGUGGAUACCCGAUAAAAUUUUAACACAACCCUGUGAUAUAUUAACGGAGUUCAACCAAUACUCUGUACAAAUUUCAUGGAUGUAUAAUUAAAAUCGAUUUACAUAUAGAUAUUCGAAUAAAUAUUUAAUGGGCCUUCUAUGUGGAAGUCCAUUGGGGGGUAACUGCGCAAUAGAUAUUUUCUUGUAACCAACAACAACUCAUCAUGAGUGCAUGGUGUUCUGUUUUUGGAUAUUUCAUGCAAUGUAUUUUAGGUAGCUCUCGCCAUUGCCAGAGAAUGUAUGUUGUAUUAUGUUUAAAAUCGAGUUUCCUAUGCAUUUAGCAAGAUGUUUCGACAUUGAAUUGAGAUUGGAUGAGAGUUGGGAGCACUUGUGGUCAACACGAUUUUCAGGAAAUACAACCUUACCAAUCAUU